GAAAAUGGCACUACAGUAUCCUUCAGUUUGCGGAACUAGAAACAUUACCACGAGUGUCCGAAGUGCGCCCAGCUGACGCGGAAGACAUAGUGUGUUGCUCCCCGUCCCCGUUUCUUAUCGGACCAGCGACCUGUUAUGAAAAGUGAGGCUAGGAUGGCUUGUAGUUUAGACUCCAGGAUAGUUAUCAUUGGAUGUGGAAUAUCAGGCAUUGGAGCAGCUCAAAAACUAAUUAAGAAUGGUUUUCGCAACGUGCGUAUCAUCGAAGCUACUGCGAGGAGCGGGGGAAGGAUUCGCACAGGGAGAAUGGGUAACAACAUUAUAGAGGUAGGAGCUAACUGGAUUCAUGGUCCAUGUGAAGAGAAUCCAGUGUUCUGCCUGGCCCGUCAGUAUGGCCUACUGGACCCUGAGGCCCUAACCCCUGAGAAUCAGGCCAUGGACAUCGGAGGACACCCCCCAUGGGUGCCCAAUUGGUUCAGCAGCUCAGGGCGUAAGCUCGGCGUGGACGAAAUGGCUCCAGCUGUGAGCCUGUUUGCGGAGUUGCUGGAGCAGAGUACAGACUUCACCCAGGGAGGAGAAACCUGGGCCAGCGUGGGAGAGUUCCUACGCGCACAGGUGCCUAGGCAGGCAGCCAAGCAGUGGCAGGGGGAGCAGGCCUCCACUAGGGCGCUGCGUCUGUCUAUGGUCAGCACGCUGCUGAAGACUGAGUGCUGUGUGAGCGGGACACACUCCAUGGACCUGGUGGGUCUGGGGGCCUUCGGACUGUACAAGACCCUGCCAGGCCUGGACUGCACAUUCCCCAGAGGCUACGGCGGCCUGAUCGACAACAUGAUGAAGGAGCUUCCUGGCGGUAUAGUGUCCUACAGGCGACCUGUUCACUGUGUUCACUGGGGCAGGGACAGGACAGGGGACACGGGGCAGGCCCCCGUGGUGGUGGAGUGCCAGGACGGGGAGAGGAUCCCUGCUGACCAUGUCAUCGUCACUGUUCCUCUAGGGUACCUGAAAAAGCACCACGCCACCCUACUCAGCCCCCCUCUCCCCCUCCACAAGCAGCACUCUGUCCAGAGGCUGGGCUUUGGCACCAACAACAAGAUCUUUGUGGAGUUUGAGUCUCCCUGGUGGGACGCCGACUGUGAGGUCAUCUAUCUGGUGUGGGAGGAUGAGGUGGACCUGGUAGACCAGGUGUCGGAUGUGGAGAAGUUCUGGAUGAAGAAGUUGUUUGGCUUUACUGUGCUCAAGCCCACUGAGAGGUAUGGGCAUGUGCUCUGUGGUUGGAUAGCUGGUCACGAGUCCGAGUACAUGGAGACUCUGACUGAACAAGAGGUGACGCACUCCAUCACACACCUGAUCCGCAAGUUCACAGGGAACCCUAUCAUCACUCCACGAAGGAUUCUUCGUUCCCAGUGGUUUCUGGACCCCUGGACGUGUGGCUCCUACAGCUACACCGCAAAAGGCUGCUCAGGCCAGGACAUAGACAACCUGGCAGAACCCCUCCCCUCCAGGGGGGGGCAGUCACAGCCCCUGCAGGUUAUGUUUGCAGGGGAGGCAACCCAUUCCCGCUUCUUCUCCACCGUCCAUGGAGCACUGCUCAGCGGCUGGCGGGAAGCUGACAGGCUCAUCUCACACUACUCCUCCCCCAACGUGUCUGAGCCAAUGAGAUCAAAGCUUUGAAGAAAGAAGAGCAGUCUUGAGCCUCAUGUCUUGAAUCUAAGCCAAAUGUGAAUUAAAUUAUUGUACCAAUGGAAUACGAUAUGUAAACAUACUAAAGACAGUGAUGAAAUUAAGGAAUAUUACUCAUGAAGCAGAUCUGUUGACUGAAAGAUUUUAUGGAUGAUAAUGAUUUUAGUGAUUGUUAAAAUCAAACAGAAUUUAAGCCACUUGGGACGCUUAUUAGUAAUCAUACCGUUAUAGGUAAUGUUUUAUUAUUUUAUUGAUUCUCAAUAAUCAAAAUCAAAUGUACAUAAUGUACAUUCAUAUUUUGCAAAUAUUUUUU